AACAAUCCAACAUGGCGGCCUGGGUAAGACUUUGUGUGCAUCAGGUUCUGCGAAGUUCGACUGCGUGCCUGUCAAGACGUCAUUAUUCAGACAGUGUAUGGAGCCUUGGAAGACUGAACCAUGUGGCCAUAGCUGUACCAAAUCUUGGUGAUGCUGUCAGGGUAUACAAAGAUGUUUUUCAAGCCAAAGUCAGUGAGCCACAAGCCCUUCCUGAGCAUGGUGUGACUGUAGUCUUCGUGGAGCUGGAGAAUGCUAAACUAGAACUACUACAUCCCCUAGGUGAGAAUAGCCCCAUUGAAGGCUACUUGAAGAAGAAGCCAGGGGGUGGUAUGCACCACUUAUGUCUGGAGGUUGACAAUAUCACGGAAGCCAUGAAGACCUUACAGGAAAAGAAGGUGAAGGUGUUGGACCCUGAGCCUAAGAUUGGCGCCCACGGCAAACAAGUGGUGUUCUUGCAUCCAAAAGACUGCGGCGGUGUUCUUGUGGAACUAGAAGAGGCAUGAUGCACACAUGACACUUAACAGCAGAUGUUGAAAACUGUGGAGUAUUGGUAGUAUUGGUGGUGCUACCGGCACCUUCAGGCCAAAACAGCCUCAGAGUGAAAUACCUAAUGGUCCAAAGGGAAUUACCCUAGUGAGGUUUAACAAAGUAAUAGCAGAGCUUUGCUGCACUGACUUGGUAUCAGUACUUGGCAAAGCUUUGCUGUAAUGUACCAAGAAGAUCUUGGAGCCCACAGUCAUGAUAUAGUAAUAACUGUUGUCACAAUGAACAGUGAAUUCUGCUUUUAGGCCAAAAAAAAAAGUCUCCGGUUUCUGGUAUGCGCGCGCGUCGCCGUAGUCAUGCGCGUCGGCAAAAU